AUGUUAGCAGUCCCAAUGAAUGAAGUUCGCUACUUCCUUUGGAUUUCCUGUGUUUUCAUUUUUGUGUCAGUUCAGCAAGGAACAGAACCCUUUCAGUGUGGCAAUGGAAUCUCCUUGCCUCCUGACAAUGUGUGUGACUUCACGGACCAAUGUGCGGACAACAGUGAUGAACAGCAAUGCUCAAAUUAUGAAAGAUGUGAUUUUGAGGAUGGGCUUUGUAAUAUGACACAGGAUCAGAGUCUGCAACUUGCAUGGACAAAGAGAAAUGGAAUGUCUGAUACGUCACCUCCAUUUUAUGAUCACAAUGGUGAUAUGUCUGCCCAUUUCCUCUCAUUGGUCUCCAGAUUGGAUUCUACCUUCUCAAAUUUAAGAAGCAGAAUUUUCCUUCCAACUAAUAACCAAAAUGCUUGUCAGAUUACAUUUUAUCACUUUAGCCAAGUGCAUGGACAAUUAAUGGUGGGCCUCCAAACUGCCUGUGAUAGUCCUAUUCAGCAUUUGUGGCAAAACACAGCUGGGCUCAAACAUGAGUGGGAGAGAAAUGUCAUCAAAAUCCAUAGCUCACAGAGAUUUCAGGUUGUUUUUCAAGGUCAAAUGAUUUCAACUCAUGAACAGGAUGAAGUCAUAGCUAUUGAUGAUAUAUCUUUCAGUCCAGGCUGCCUGCCUACAAAUGAUGAAAGUUUGCCAUGUCAAGAUACUUUGAAUACCAAGCAGGAGCUUUGCCAUCCAGAUACAAAUCUCUGCCAGUUUGACUCUACAGAUGAAGGAUUAAGGUUAUGUAAGGCCUGUGGAUUUGAAUUUGGCAUGUGUGACUGGACAUCAGAUGUAUCUGCUGGACGAAUUACCUGGACUCGCACAAAAGCAAGAGAAGUUCCUGCAUUAGAAUCUACACCUCGUCAGGAUCAAAGUGGUGAUGAUGAUGGUUAUUAUGUAUGGAUAGGAGCUAAGCAAGCUUUUACUCUUAACCAUCUAGACAGCAGGGCUUAUUUGAAUAGCUCUAUGUGUCACUGCUUAGGCAAGGGCUGCCAUCUUCAAUUCUUUUACUCUAUGGAAAAAAGUGUUCUGAGAGUAAGACUGUAUCACAGCAAGGAAGAAGAAAUGUUUUGGACAUACAAUGCAUCAACUCACAGUAAAUGGGUCAAAGCAGAUGUGUUAAUACCAGAAAAUAUGAAGACAUUUAAGAUUAUUUUUGAAGGGGUUCUUUUGAGCCAAAGAAGUUUUAUUGGUCUCGAUAGCCUCUGGGUCUAUGCUUGUGCACAGGCCCAAUCCAGAAAGCUUUGCUCUGCAGAUGAGUUCACUUGUGAUACUGGCCAGUGCAUUGCCCAGGAAUUACUCUGUGAUGCUCCACAGGACUGCUCAGACAGGAGUGAUGAGGACCCAGCAACUUGCUCAGAAAAUCCUCUUAUGUGUGACUUCGAGACUGGUUUCUGUGGCUGGAAACAUUUACUUACAGAAGACCUGCGGUGGGAACUAGUGAAAGGAUCGAUGGCUAGAGAGCACCAUCUUCCCAUUGUUGACCACACAACAAAUACAAGUAAUGGAUCAUUUAUUUAUUUUGAAACACAUCAGCCUCCUGAGGUAGCUAAGCUUGGAAGUCCAAUCCUUACAAAAUUACUCCCAGCCUCUACUACAUGUCAGGUGCGGUUCUGGUAUCAUUUGUGUCAGCAUUCAUAUCUCUCAGUUUUUACAAGAACAUCACUAGAUGGAAAGUUGCAAAAGCAAGGUGAUUUAAUUGGAUCCUCCAAAUCUCAGUGGACCCAAGCAAACAUCGAUCUCUACAUAAAGACUGGGGAAUCUACUCUGCCUUUUCAGUUAAUUUUAGAAGCUACUGUUUUAUCAUCAAAUGCGACAGUUGCUCUAGAUGACAUCAGUAUAUCCCAGGAAUGUGAAAUUUCAUAUAAGUCACUUCCAGGUACCAGCACACAAAACAAAGCUUCCAAAUGUGAUUUUGAAGCAAACCCCUGUGGUUGGUUUGAAGCAAUUACUGGUGACCAUUUUGACUGGGUAUGGAGCUCCAGAAGUGACCUUUCCACUGAUUUUCACCAACAGGCCCCACCUCAAGAUCACACUCACCACACAGCUCAAGGGCAUUUCAUGUUCAUUCUGAAGAAAAGCAGCAGCUUCUCACAAAUUGCUAAACUCCAGAGCCCCACUUUCAGCCAGACAGGACCUGAAUGUACACUUUCUUUCUGGUUUUAUAACUAUGGCCUGUCGGUCGGAGCAGCUGAACUGCAGUUACAUGUGGGAAAAGCCAAUGAUACCACAGUACUCUGGAGAGUCUUAUAUAACCAAGGCAACCAGUGGUCAGAGGCCACUAUUCACCUUGGACGUCUGACCCAGCCUUUCCAUUUGUCACUACAUAAAGUCAGUCUUGGCAUUUAUGAUGGAAUCUCAGCUAUCGAUGACAUUAAGUUUGAAAACUGUUCUCUCCCUCUUCCUUCCAAGAGCUGUGAAGGGCCAGAUCUUUUCUGGUGUAAAUACACCAAAGCAUGUGUAGAAAAACUUCAGUUAUGUGAUCUUGUGGAUGACUGUGGUGAUAAUACAGAUGAGACCAACUGUGCACCUGAACUACAGUGUAACUUUGAAAAUGGAAUUUGUAACUGGGAACAAGAUACAGAAGAUGACUUUGAUUGGACCAGGAACCAGGGCCCUACUUCAACACUUAAUACAGGGCCAAUGAAGGAUAAUACUGUGGGCACAGCUAAAGGACAUUAUCUCUAUAUAGAAUCUUCAGAGCCACAGGAGUUCCAAAACCGAGCUGCAUUACUCAGCCCAAUCCUUAAUGCCACUGACACAAAGGGCUGCACCUUCCACUUAUAUUAUCACAUGUUUGGAAAACACGUUUAUAGGCUGGCCAUCUACCAGCGAAUCUGGAAUAACACAAGGGGAGAGUUGCUGUGGCACAUAUUUGGGAAUCAAGGCAACAGAUGGAUAAGAAAGCACCUAAACCUUUCCAGCAUGCAGCCUUUUCAGAUUUUGGUGGAGGCUUCUGUGGGAGAUGGCUUCACUGGAGACAUUGCAAUUGAUGAUUUGUCAUUUAUGGACUGUACCCUCUACCCUGGUAAUUUGCCAGUGAACCUUCCAACUCCACCAGAAACUUCUGUUCCAGUAACAUUACCCCCAAACAACUGCACAGACUAUGAAUUUGUCUGCAGGUCCAGUGGUCACUGUGUUGGAAAAAUUCAGAAAUGUGAUUUUAGACAUGACUGCCCUGACAAAUCAGACGAAUCAUCCUGUGUUACGGAAGUUUGCAGCUUUGAAAAACGAAACCUGUGUAAAUGGUAUCAGCCAAUCCCAGUAAAUUUAUUUCAAGAUUUUAACAUAUUCAAGUGGGGUCUUGGUAAUGGAAAGAGUAUUCAUCAUGGGGAAGAAAACCACCGGCCAUCGAUGGAUCAUACAAAAAAUACUACAGAUGGCUGGUACCUGUAUGCUGAUAGUUCGAAUGGAAAAUUCGGUGACAUGGCUGUCAUUCUUACUCCUGUUAUUUCAUUUACGGGACCAAAAUGUACCUUGGUGUUCUGGACUUACAUGAAUGGUGCCACGGUUGGGUCUCUCCAGGUACUGAGCAAGAAAGGCAACAUCACUUCUAAAUUGUGGGCUCAAACCGGACAGCAGGGUGCACAGUGGAAAAAAGUAGAAGUGUUUUUAGGCGUUCAUUCACAUGUACAGAUUGUCUUCAGGGCAAAACGUGGCAUCAGUUUCAUUGGAGAUGUGGCAGUGGAUGAUAUUUCCUUUCAAGAAUGUUCCCCCUUACUUAGCCCAAAUAGAAAAUGCACGUCCCAAGAAUUCACGUGUGCUAACAAGCAUUGCAUUCCAAAGGACAAGCUGUGCGAUUUUGUAAAUGAUUGUGCUGAUAAUUCAGAUGAAACUACUUUCAUUUGCAGUACCUCUGAUGGGCGCUGUGAUUUUGAAUUUGACCUUUGUUCCUGGGAGCAGGAUCAGGACGAUGACUUUGACUGGAAUCUAAAAGCUAGCCACAUCCCCACUGUAGGCACAGAGCCAGCUGCUGAUCACACCUUACACAAUUCAUCUGGCCAUUACAUCUUUAUAAAGAGCUUGUUCCCUCAGCAGCCCAUGAGAGAAGCCAGAAUUUCAAGCCCAUUCAUAAGUAAGAGAAGCAAAAACUGCAAGAUAAUUUUCCACUAUCACAUGUACGGAAAUGGUAUUGGGGCACUCACCUUGACCCAAGUAUCAGUUUCAAACCAAAUGAAGGUUUUACUUAAUCUCACUGGAGAACAAGGCAAUUUCUGGCAGAGGAAAGAACUAUCACUGUUUGGUGAUGAAGACUUUCAACUCAAAUUUGAAGGCAGAGUUGGGAAAGGUCACCGUGGUGAUAUUUCACUUGAUGACAUUGUGCUCACAAGGAGUUGUCUAUCAUCCCACUCCAUUAAAGAAGAACCAGCAGUGCCUCUUCCAACAGGUUACUGCCCACAUGGUUAUCGGGAAUGUCAGAAUGGCAAAUGUUACAGGCCAGAACAAAGCUGCAAUUUUGUGGAUGAUUGUGGAGAUAACACUGAUGAAAAUGAAUGUGGUAGCUCCUGCACAUUUGAGAAAGGCUGGUGUGGCUGGCAAAACUCUCUGGCUGAAAACUUUGAUUGGGUUUUAGGGGUUGGCUCUCAUCAAAGCCUUAGACCUCCCAAAGACCACACACUUGGAAAUGAAAGUGGGCACUUCUUGUAUCUGGAGGCUACUCCUAUGGGCCUUAGAGGGGAAGAAGCAAACCUGAAGAGUGCCAUGUGGCAGGAAUCCAGCACCACCUGCACCAUGAGCUUCUGGUAUUUUAUAUCUGCAAAAGCCACAGGGUCCAUCCAGAUUCUCAUUAAGACAGAGAAAGGAAUAUCAAAAGUAUGGCAAGAAAUUGAGCACAACUCCACAGAUCAUUGGCAGAAGGCUGUAAUACUUCUAGGAAAGUUAAGGAAGUUUGAAAUCAUAUUUCAAGGAAUCAGAACGAGGGAUUUGGGAGGAGGAGCUGCAAUUGAUGAUAUUGAAUUUAAAAACUGCAUGACUGUGGGAGAGAUGUCUGAGAUUUGCCCAGAAGCCACUGACUUUUUGUGCAACAACAAGAAGUGUAUUGCAUCCCACCUUGUUUGUGACUACAAACCAGACUGCUCUGACAAGUCUGAUGAAACUCACUGUAGCCUAUACACAAGUACAACUGGAAGCUGCAAUUUUGAAACCUUAGGACACUGGACCACAGCUUGCAGUCUUACUCAAGACUCCCAGGAUGACUUGGACUGGGUCACUGGCACAAAAAUUCCUGCUGAAACACUGAGUCCUGAUUCUGAUCACACACCAGGCAAUGGGCACCACUUCCUGUAUGUCAACUCAUCUGACCCCAAAGGACACACUGCAAGGAUCAUCACUUCCAAAUACUUCCCAGCAAGCCUUGGAAUAUGUACUGUCCGGUUCUGGUUCUACAUGCUUGAUCCCAACAGUAUGGGGAUAUUGAAGGUGUACACUAUUGAAGAAUCUGGGCUCAACAUUCUGGUGUGGUCAGUGAUUGGAAAUAAAAGAACUGGGUGGACGUAUGGAUAUGUACCCCUCUCCAGUAACACCCCAUUUAAGGUGGCAUUUGAAGCUGAUUUGGGUGGAGAAAAGGAUAUUUUUAUUGCCCUUGAUGACAUCUCUUUCACCCCAGAAUGUGAACAUGGAGGCCCUGUCACACCACAGCCAUCACCUUGUGAAGUUGAUCAAUUUUCCUGUAUCUACACACGCCAGUGUGUCCCUCUCUCAGGAAAGUGUAAUGGACAGGAAGAUUGCAUAGAUGGAUCUGAUGAAAUGGAUUGUUCUCUCAGCUCCCCUCCUCAGCUCUGUGGUGAAAUGGAGUUCCAGUGCUCUGCAAACAAGUGUAUCCCAUCCCUCCUGCUAUGUGAUGGAGUGCCAGACUGUCACUUUAAUGAAGAUGAAGCCAGCUGCUACAAUGAGAGCUGUUUUAAUGGAGCUCUAACAUGCACCUCCUCUAAUAGCUGUAUACCAGUUCACCAGCGCUGUGAUGGUUUUGCCAACUGCCUUGAUUUCCAUCUUGAUGAGUCCAGCUGCUCUGAAUGCCCAAUAAGUUACUGCAAAAAUGGUGGCACUUGUCUAGUGGAGAAAAAUGGUCCUGUGUGUCGUUGUGGACAAGGAUGGAAAGGAAAUCGUUGCCACAUCAAGUUUGACCCUCCUACUAUUACAGACUUCGCAUACAUGCAGAAUAAUAUAUGGGCUUUCCUGGGUAUCGGACUGGCUUUCCUGAUGAUUCAUAUUACAGUGGCUGUCUUGUGUUUUCUUGCAAACAGAAAACCACCAAAAAGGAAAAUGGAGGCAAAGAGUAACUGUGCAUUUGUCAAUCCAGUUUAUGGGAAUUGGAGCAACCCAGACAAAACAGAGAGUUCUGUAUACUCCUUCUCAAAUCCAUUAUAUGGUACAACAUCAGGAAGCCUGGAAUAUGUAUCUAAUCAUCUCAAAUAG